UGUUGUUUUCAUCGUAUCGCAGAAACGGUAGCUCCCGUGGUUUUCUUUUCUUCGCAAAAUCCUUUCGUGUUCUGAUAGAGCUCUCGAAUUUUCCGUGAAUCGUCUGUGAAAAUGGCUUCAAUUAGUCUGCUUAAUCCAAAGGCCGAGUUUGCUCGCGCUGCUCAGGCCCUAGCCGUCAAUAUCGGUGCCGCAAAGGGUAUUCAAGAUGUGAUGAAAACCAAUCUGGGACCGAAAGGUACCAUGAAAAUGUUGGUCUCCGGUGCCGGUGACAUUAAAAUCACCAAAGACGGAAAUGUGCUGCUACACGAGAUGCAAAUUCAGCAUCCGACGGCUUCCCUUAUUGCCCGUGCCAGUACAGCGCAGGACGACAUGACUGGCGAUGGAACCACCUCGACGGUGUUGAUCAUCGGUGAGCUGCUGAAGCAGGCUGAUCUUUACAUAGCCGACGGAUUGCAUCCGCGAAUCUUGGCCGAAGGAUUCGACCAAGCUCGCCUGCAAGCACUGCAGAUCCUCGAUGAAAUGUCCUGUCCGAUCGAGGUUAACAGGGAAAGUUUACUGAGCAUUGCUCGCACUUCGUUGAGAACCAAGGUUCAUCCACAACUGGCGGAUUUAUUGACUGAGGUUUGCGUCGAUGCUGUACUGGCCAUUCGAACAGAGGGAAAACCGGUUGAUUUGCAUAUGGUCGAGCUUAUGGAGAUGCAGCAUAAGUCGGCUACCGAUACUCAGUUGGUGAAAGGAAUUGUCAUGGAUCACGGUUCCCGUCACCCGGACAUGCCAAAACGAUUGGAGAAUGCGUACAUUCUAACCUGCAAUGUUUCGCUGGAGUACGAAAAGAGCGAGGUCAAUUCCGGAUUCUUCUACAAAACUGCAGAGGAGCGAGAGAAGUUUGUUUUGGCCGAACGGGAAUUCAUCGAGGAACGUGUUAAGAAAGUGAUUGAACUGAAGCGUAAGGUUUGCGAAGGAACAAAUAAGACAUUUGUUGUCAUCAAUCAGAAGGGUAUCGAUCCGAUGUCGUUGGAUUUACUGGCCAAAGAAGGAAUCAUGGCUUUACGUCGUGCCAAGCGCCGCAACAUGGAGCGCUUAGCUUUGGCUUGCGGUGGAUUGGCCCUAAAUUCAUUCGAUAAUAUGGACGAAACUAGUCUUGGAUAUGCUGGGUUGGUGUACGAACAUGUGCUUGGGGAAACUAAGUACACAUUCGUGGAGGACUGCAAAAAUCCCCAGUCGGUGACGAUUCUGAUGAAAGGUCCAAACAAGUACACUCUAACGCAGAUCAAAGACGCCGUUCGGGAUGGUCUUCGUUCAAUUAACAAUGCCAUCGAGGAUCAAAAGCUGGUACCGGGAGCAGGUGCCUUCGAGGUGCGUAUUCACAACAAACUAAAGGAAUACGCCAAGGAUGUCAAGGGAAAAACACGCCUCGCAAUCCAAGCCUAUGCCGAUGCUUUGUUGGUCAUUCCCAAGGUGUUGGCCGUCAACAGCGGUUACGAUGCGCAGGACACCAUCGUACGUCUACAGGAAGAGAGCCGUUUGAGUGGUGACCCGAUUGGAUUGGACUUGUCCACGGGGGAACCAAUGAAACCGGUCGAUCUGGGCGUUUAUGAUAAUUACAUUGUUAAGAAACAAAUUCUCAACUCAUGCACUGUCAUAGCAAGCAAUUUGCUUCUGGUGGAUGAGAUCAUGCGUGCCGGUAUGAGCAGCCUUAAAGGAUAAUUUUGCUCCCUUGUACUAAUGCGUAAACCAUACUAUGUAACGUGUUUCGUUUUCCACUCACCUAACAGCUAAUUUAAGGCACUUGGCACAUUCAAGAACUCCUAAUUCUUAUUAAUAUCGUUUAUGUCAGAAUCAUCCAACGGAAGUAACCAAUAAAGCUUUUACAACUUACUAGCUUCUAAA